AUGGAUUAGCAUCAGCUAGAAAAAGAAAAUGGAGAGAAAUAAUAAAGAUUAUUAAAAAUAAUAGAUAAGGUAGAGAGUUAAUUAGAGACCUUUUCGCGGUAUAAUUUGGAGAAUCUAAUAAUGUUAGUUGGAAAAACUGGAUCUGGAAAAAGCACUAUAUAUAAUUUCUUAUGUGGGGCUCAAUUUUCUCUAAUUAUAGAUGAUUAUGGAAAACCAACACUAAAAUUAGUGAAUGAAUCAGAUUAAUUUUAAGAAAUUAGAGGAGGAUUGGAUUCUACUACAAAAACACCUAAAAUUUACUAUGAAUAGAAAUAUAAACAUUCUAUUAUUGAUUAUCCUGGUUUUAAUGAUACAGAAAUAAAUGACUAAUUAGAAAUAUAAUUAUUAUUUAAUAAAUUAGUUACCUAAUGUAAAAUUAAAAUUGUAUAUGUGUUUUUAAAUCCAGGUGAUGAUUUAUAAAAUAAAGCUGAGGAUCUAUAAAAUUUUAUUAAUGAAGCUGAUAUUGAUAUAAGUAAAUUAACAAUAUUAAUUAAUUCUUAUAGUAAAAAAAGAACAGAUGAUCAAUUAAUUGCUGGUUUCUAAUAAGAAUUUAUGAAAAAAUUUAACAAAAAAGCUCACCAAUUGAUCAUUUAAAGGGAUAUUGAUAAACCAAAGAAAAUUUCUUAAUUUCUAUCAGAAGAAUACAGAUAAAAAAUGUGGAAGGAAUUAAUAAGUUCAUAAGUAAUUUAAAUGAAACCUUGUGUAUUAAGUACUUAUUAAGAUGUAAAUAAUUAUUUAGACAAUAUAAGUUUAGAUUUAUCUGAAAGUUUAUUAUUAAUAUUUAAAGAACUACAAUAUAAAUAAUAUUCUACUUAAUAAAUAGAAGAAAUCAAAGAAAAUAUUAAAAAAUUAGAGAAUACAUAAAUAAUAAUUUAAAGAUUUUAAGAAGGUAAUAUUAGUAAAUUAAAUGAAUUAAUGAUGUUUACUGGCACUUUUUAGGAAAAUUAAAUGAUAGCAAUAUCAAGAAUAUAUUCAUUUUUUUUAGAUUGUAAAAAUUAAAUGGAAGCUUAUACAAAAAUGGAAAAAUGUAUUUAAAAAGCUCUUUAAAAUCUUGAACUUAGUAAAGAAUAUUUGUGUCUUAAAUAAACCUUUCUAGAAUAAUUAAAAUUAGCUGAAGACACAAAAAAUUAAUUAGAAGAAGAAAAAUAAUUAAUAAAAAAAGAAAAGGGAAAAAUGGAAGAUAAAAUUAGAAUAAAAGAAGAUGAAUUAAUUUAACUAAAAGAAUUAUUAGUUUAAGCUCAAUAAACUCAAAAUCAAAAUAAAGAUUUUUCUUUUCUGAAAAAUAAUACAGAACAAGAAAUAAAAUUGAUAAAAGAUUAAGCUAUUUAAGAAGUAAAAAGAUUAAAUAAAGAAAAAACUUAGAAAGAAUAAGAAUUGAGUGAUUUUAAAAUGAAAAAUAUAUCAAUUGAAAUGAAGUGUACUUAAUUAUAAAAUGAAAAAAAUAUAAUAAUUGAGGAAUUGUAGUCAGUAAAAAAUUAAAAUAAUGAAAAAUUAAUAGAUUUAAAAAUCAAAGAACUUGAAAUUAAGGCAAUUUAAUUGGAAAAUAAAUAAGCUUUAGAUUAAAUUUAAAAGCUAGAGCAAUAAUUGAAAGAAAUAAAAAAUAAUUCUUUAGAAUAAUCAAGAUAAUAUGAGGAAAUGAAAUAUAAAUUUAAGACAUUAAAAAAAGAAAAUAUUGAAAUUAAAACACUAAUAAAUGAUAAACAACUUCAAUUGGAUUUAGUUUAGAAUCAAAAUACUGUAUAAAUAAAUUAAUUAAAAAAUAUAUAAUAAGAAUUAAAUGAAACAAAAGAUUAAAAAUAAAAAAUAAUGUAAUCUUUUUAAGAAAUAUAAAAUAAAUAUCAAGAAAUGAAAGAAGGAUUGGAAUAAUAAAAAAUCAAAAAUUUAGAAAUUUAACAAAAAUUAAACAAUAAAGAACAUGAAUUUAAAGAAAAAAAUUUUUAUUAUUAAUAAGUAUGCUUGGAAUUGAAUGAUAUUAGAGCAAAAUUUUAAAUAUAAGAAGAAUAAUAUAAAUAAUUAUUGAAAAGCAUAAAAACAAAAGAGGAUGAACUAAAAAAAAAAGAUGAAGAAUUAACUAAGUAAUUAAAUGAAAAUCGAUUAAAGGAAUAGAAUAUUUAAAAAUAUAAUUUAGAAUGCAAUAAUGCAAAAUCUGAAUUAUAAAAUACAUUAAAUGAUAUGAAUUAAUAAAGUCUUAAAUUAUAACAAGUUUAGGAAGAGAAUAAAAUAUAGAAUACUAAGCUAUUAUAAUAUGAAUAAAAACAAAGAGAUUUCCAAACAUUUUUAGAAUAAAUUUAAUAUGGUUCUAAUAAUUUAGAAAAAGUUAAAUUUAAUUCUGUAAUUGUUUUAAUUGGAAUGAUUGGUUCAGGUAGAACAACAUUAUUCAAUAAAAUAUGUAAAUCUUAAGAAAAAGUAAAAGCAGGUGGUAGUUCAUCUACAAGGUAUUAUUAUUAUAUUAUUUUUAAAUAGGUAAUCUAUUCUUGGUAAAUCAGCAUAUGGACAUGAAUUUUUUGUAAUUGAUACUCCAGGCUUGGGUUCUGAUUAAGAUAAAAUUAAUCAUGCUAUAGGAAUUUUAAAUGCUGUUUAAGAUUAACCAUUAAAUAAAAUUAUUCUAGCUGUAAAAUUUGAUAAUUUUGCUAUUAUGAUUAACUAAUUACUGAUAUAAAUGAAAAUCUUUUAGCGAUAUUAAAAAAUGUUUACAGUUUUUGUAACUCAUUUUGAUUAAUCAAAAAAUAAAGAAAAUGAUAAAAUUGCAAUAAAAAAAGAAGUUGAAAAGAUUGGAAUACAAUCUAUUUUAUUUUUUUAAAUAAUAGACAAUGCAUAAAGCAUUUGUGAUUAAAUUAAUACACUCUUAAAUCAAACAAUUCCAAGAAAAGUAGAAAUAACUUAAGAAGAGUUUCUCAAAUAUUUUGAUUUAUUUGAUGAUGAUGAAUUAAAUGAUAGUGAUGAUUAUUUUAGAAUUGAAGAAAAAAAAGCUUUUAUUAAUAGUAAAAUUAAGAAAAUGAUUUUUUCAUCAUCCAAUUAUUCUAUGUAAAAAAUAUAAUAAUCAAAUAAACCAGAUGAAAUGUAUGAUAUAGUCUUAAAAGAAUUAAAAAUAAAUGCUUAAAAAAUUAUAAAAGAAGAAGGACCAAAAAUAUUUUCUUUAAAAAAAGUUAGUUCCAUAAAUUUAGAACAAUAAGAAACUUUAACAACAUAGUGGUUUGAUUCUGUUGAGAAUAUGUUAUCUUAUUAGUUGUAAAAAGAAUUGUUAUUUGAUAUUAAAUAAUUCAAUUAAUAAGCUUUAUAAUAAUUAUCAAGCAAUAAAGAUUCAAUUAUUAAUAAUUUAAAAAUUUGCAAUUAUUGUGGUCUAAUUUGGUAUUUCUAGUCAAAUUGUAACAAUACUUAUUAUUGUAAUGGCGAUUUUAAAUAAAGAAAUAAUAGUCCACUUGAUGAAUUUUUUUGGGCUGUUUUUUAAUUUAUUAUUAAUAUAUCUGGAAUAUCGAAUUUAGAAAUUUAACGAAUUAAAUAAAUUAUUCUAUUACAUUUGAGAGAAAGAUAUGAUUAAAAUAAUUAUUAUGGUUGCAACAAUUAGCUUGAAUCAAUUUCAAAAAAUAAAAACACUUUUGAAUUUUUUGAUUUCAACUUAGACUUCUUGAUUCAACCUAACUAAUUUUUUUAGGAGUAAAGUAAAUAUAAAAUAUUAGACCAACUUAUUUAGAAAAAGAAAAAGAUAUUAAUUGUUAAACGUUUAUAAAAUUAACAAUCAAAUUGA